AUGAUGGGAUACGGGGGUCAACCCUUCAGCCCCCAGCAGCAACAGCAGCAGCAGCAGCAACAACAACAACAGCAGCAGCAGCAGCAGCAGCAACAACAUCACCAACAUCAACAGCAGCAACAGCAGCAUCACCAACCUCAGCAUGUAUCGUCGCAGCCUCAGCAUUCCUUGGGGCGCCAACAUAUGCCCUCACCCUUACUAGGUGCUACACAAAAUCUGCCACAACAUGGCAGCCCAUUCCUCGGUAAUAAACCGUCCUAUCGCCCGCAGUCCCAGCAAAGCUAUACCUCGGCGCAAUCUCCCGACUUGCGCUCGAUGGCUCCGACUUCGUCAGGCCCAUUGGCAGGAUACCCCGCCGCUAGCUAUCCUGCACAGUUCGCGGGACACUUCGCACCCCAGGGCUCCCCGGAUUUGAUGGCUAGGAAUGAUCCCAUGGGUAUGCAAAACUUGCAGAGGCCAUUCAACCCUAUUGCUCAUAUGCGCCCACAACCGGGAAUAAGUCCAACAGGAAUGCCUCAUCCUCACGGGUUGAAUGUGCCAUCGCCACAGCAGUCACUAAACAGGCUACCUCACUCGGGCUUGCAUCAGCGGGAUAAUCAUCCAUCUGCCAGCCCAUCUAUGGCCAGUCCUUCCAUGUUUGCAAUUAAUCAGCAGCGGCCAUCGCUAUCUCAACCUCAGUCACCCCAACAGACCCAGCAGACCCAGCAGACCCAGCAGCAAUUACAUCACCAACGUCAACAGCAAUUCCAACAGCAUCAACAGCAGAGUCUUCAACAGCAGAGACUCGAGCAGCAGCAGCAGCAGCAGCAACAACAUCAACAGCGUAUAGAGAAGCAGCGUCUUGAGCAACAAAGACUUGAGCAGCAACGUCUUGAACAGCAAAGACUUGAGCAACAGAAGCUGGAGCAGCAGCAAAAACAAAAGCUUGAGCAACAAAAGCUAGAGCAGCAAAAGCAGCAGCAGCAGCAACAGCAGAAAAAUUUAGAGCAAAGAAUGAAGGCUCAGGUUCAGGCGCAGGAGCAGAGACUAAAAUUGCAGGCUCAGGCUCAGGCUCAGGCUCAGGCUCAGGCUCAGGCUCAAGCUCAAGCUCAAGCUCAAGCUCAAGCUCAAGCCCAAGCCCAGGCUCAAGCACAGGCUCAAGCUCAUGCACAAGCCCAAGCCCAAGCCCAGUCUCAGGCUCAGAAUUCCUUCCAACAACAGUCUCCUUUUGCACAGCAUGCCCAGCCUCCUUUCCACCAUUAUCAACCGCCGGUGCAGAGCCAGUUUUCCCAGCAGCAGCCGCAGCCGCAGCAGUUCCCUCAUAACCCACAACAAGCUCAAUUUUCUCAGCCACAGCAGGUAGCUCAGUUCCAACAUUAUCAACCACCGUCCCAGUCCCAGUCGGGAAUAGAGCAACCUGGACGGCCAGCUGUGACACAUACUGGGCCUACCCCUGUGAACUCUAUGACUCAGAUGAAGCAUGAGAAUUCUAGCCCCGUUCCGAAGAAGAGUUCCAAGCCUCGCGCUUCCUCUACUGCAACCUUCCAGGUUUCUCAACCUCAGUCUCAGGCUCAGGCUCAACCUCAGGUUCUGGCUCAAGCUCAAGCUCAAGCCCAUCAGAAUCUUACUUCUGCUGCUCCAGCUGCUACUACUGUUACUCCUGUUCAGCCAAAUGGACAAAUUCAGGCCGGCACUGUAGUCCCAGGUGACCCAGCCAACCCAGCGCUGCCACGCCGUAAACGUGGCCGACCACGGAAGGAGGAGGUUGCUGCCAGAGCUGCUGCUGCCGCUGCCCAGGCAGCUGCUUCUGGGCAGCCCCUACCACCCGGUCAAACAUCGUUUACGCCGAAUAUUAUCGCACAGACUCCCAUAAUUGGUUCUGAUGGACAGCCACUACCAAUGAAACGCAAACGUGGUCGUCCGCGUAAGGCUGACCAAAUUGCUUGGGCGGCUGCAACUGGUCAACCAUUACCACCACCAAAGCCCAGGAAGAAGCCAUCGACAAUGAAACCACCUAAACCGGGCACAGGUCGGCCUCGUGGUCGGCCUCGUAAAGCUGAUGUUGCUGCAGCUGCUGCAGCUGCUGCCGGCGCCGCUGGUGGUGAUCAGAACCAGGAAAAUAUCAAACCCCAAGAUGAAUCUAUCAAUGCGGCUCACAAACGCGCAGCCCCCAUCAAGGAAGAAGAUUCUAUGAAGCGAGCUCGACCUAUGCCACCAUACGAACACCAGGGGCAUAUGCCUAUGCAAACUCAUUCUCUGCCUCAACCAGGUCAGAUGCAACAGCAACCUCAACCGCAUCAUUUCCCCCCUCAGAGUCAGCUUAUGUCUCCGCAGCUGGGACAACACCAUAUUGGAAUGCAGCAAACUCAACGAGUGGCACCGAACCAAUCGAUGCCUCCCCAGCCCAGUCAGCCUAUGUCGAUGCCACCGCACAUGCAAAUGCACCAGCAUCAGCAGUCGCCCGUUCCUACUUCGCGGCCUCUAUCUGGUCAACAGUUUAUGCAAAUGUCUGUAAUGUCGCACUCGCAGUCGCCGCAGUCCAUCCACGGACAUUCUACUCCCCAAGCCCAGCCUCAGCCCCAAGCACGGGCGCAAGCUCAACAGCAAAGCAGGGCUCCACCUCCUCCUGCUCCGCAACAUCAGCACCAGCACACCUUCCAGGUCAAGCUGCAGAUGCAGCCAACUUAA